UGAAAACCAACUUUCCGUCCGCUCAGUGUUUAAAAUAUAGAAGGUUAUGACAUAAUGAUUAAAGAUAUUCGCCUUUCACCCACAGUGAGCAAUGAUGCCCUGCGUGGUGCCACUCCCCAGGCCGCUGCGCAGGUGCUGCAGUGGGUGAGCUUCGCUGACUCGGAGAUCAUCCCACCAGCCAGCGCAUGGGUCUUCCCCACUCUGGGAAUCAUGCAGUUCAACAAGCAGGCCACAGAGCAGGCCAAGGAGGACGUGAAGAGGGCCCUUACAGUGCUGAACCAGCACCUGAACACCCGUACCUUCCUGGUGGGGGAGAGGGUCAGCCUGGCUGACAUCACUCUGGCAAGCUCCAUGGUCUGGCUCUACAAACAGGUCCUCGAGCCUUCUUUCCGCCAGCCUUACCCCAACGUGACUCGCUGGUUCGUCACCUGUGUCAACCAGCCCCAAUUCAAGACUGUCCUUGGAGAGGUCAAGCUGUGUGACAAGAUGGCUCAGUUUGAUGGUGAGUAGUCGGCAGUGAGAUCAGAAGAUGCGCGUUGCUGGCUGCUGGAGCACACGGUGUAAUUUAAGAGAUAAAAAUUUGACAUGCACUUGCCUUCGACUGAUACUUUUAAUUUUUCAGCUGAAAUGUCAACAAAGAUGUGUAACUACAUCUUAUGGAAGGGCUGCAUUCUGUUUACAUGUCUUGUUAAAUCUGCAGAUAAAGAUAAAUGGUUGUGGUUAAAGGAUUGCACCAAAAUAACUGGAUGGCAUUUGACAAAUGGCUAUCUACUUAUUAUUUUUAAAGUGUUACAAUAAUGUAAAUGAUCUCCUGAAUCACUUUCAGUGACAGAAAAGUCUCUUUUUAAUCAAAAAGCCGAUGUCUUGCCGUAUUUCACAAUUCAUCUCCAAAGACCUAGAAACAAAGCUCAACUCUUUGGAGGAAACUGAUGAUCCCCAGUCUUUGGGCAAGGCGGUGUCCAGUCAUGGCACCAAGUCUUAAUCUGACAGGGGAAGAGAAACUAGAGACCAUGUUCAUCCCAGUCAUCUCUGUUCAGUGAGUUAAAGGCUGGUUCAUGCUAUGGCCACA